AUGAACGACGCUUCGGCGUCAGAUUCUGCUGGACGGAUCUCACGACUCGCCUACACUCCGGACCAGAAGUCUGAAAUUGAACGUUGGCUUGAGAAAUGGAGGACACGAGGCUGCCCACCGUCACAAGCCGAGAUUUUCGCCCUUGCAACAUUGCUCUCGAUUGAUAAAGAUGGCGUAUCGACCCUGGUUGUCUCACACUUCGCUUCAACUGGGGCUUCUUCCGCCCGUCAGGUACCAACUGCCCCAACGAAUGGCUCAUCAUCUGACUCGGCUGGUCUAGAGGGCCCUGGUUUCUCGCCCGAACGCGACGUAGCAGACUGGGCUCAAGCACGCAACUCUACGUCCUGCAAGAACACGCAAUCUAAGCUUGCCCCAUCGAACAAACAAUUCAAGUGCCCAACCGAGGGAUGUUAUUACUCCACUGAUAAAAGCAAAGAGCUGAUCAGGCAUCUUGAGACCAAAUGGCCACAAGAGUUCUGGUACUGCAUCCUCUGUCGAGAAAAUGGUAGCAAACCUUUCAUAUGCCAGCGGGGAAGCAAAUUGAUAGAUCACCUUUGCAGCGGUGCCCACAACUACCCGAGAGGUAACCAUUACGACAAUAUCCGUGAUCGUUCUAAGAUUGAGAUUCCGGCUAGGUUUCCAUCGGUCUGUCCUUUUGGUAAUGCCAGAGGGCCUUGCAACAAGAGGUUCUCUUCCUGGGCUGAAUUCUUCGAGCACUAUCUCGAACACGUUCGGGGCCGUGUGAGUGAUGGGCCAUGGGACUUACGCCACCGGUUUCAGAGGCGAUUCGAUGAGGACGAUGAUAAUGAUUCUGGUGACGGGCCAUCAUCUGGGAGUGGAAGUUACAAUAAGGCUCUUCCCGUGACCAUUCAGCACCACGGUACCACCUCGACAGAGCGGAACGGCGUCCAUUCACAAUCCCAUUCAUCAGAAUACCAAGGCCGUCAUGCCUUGUUUGCCGGCUCCGACACUGCCAGCGAGCAUCCAGUGGAGAACAAAAAUGGCAUCACGCUUGUUGAUGUGGUAAAUGUCCGUGUCAAUAGACAGCACAGAAGCGUCAAAUACCUUGCGCUGGAAUACUCACUCCUGGACACAGUUCGAGGUGAGACAAGCAACUCUUAUGACCAGGUCCAACAGACAACUGUGUGGGACAGCAGACAUGAUGCCCUGCAAGAAGUUUUCCUGGAAGCCGUCCUUCUGACGAGGCGCAUGGGCUACCGCUACCUCUGGAUCGACACAGUCUGUGCGAGCUCUCCCAAAACCACCGAUGCUCUUGCAGCCUUACGAGGCGCAACCCUCGUCAUAGUGCUCUUCGGACGAGCGACUUCGCCCGAACGCAUUUGGCACUUUACGUGUCAUUACAGCAAAGUUUCAACAGUCAUGUCAUGGGUGCAAGCAGACGAAGCUGGCCUGUCGUUUGCGCACAUUCAAAAUCUUGGACAUGGCGCAUUCGGCAUCGUUGAUGAAGUCAAGUUACUACCGAGCCACGAAUCAUUUGCUCGGAAGACAUGGACGGCCAGUGGGAAUCAUGAGAGUCUCGCAAACGCAAUCCAGGAAUUCGAGAUCUUGGAAAGGUGCCGGCACCCGAAUAUUCCUUCAUUCGUCGCUUCCUAUUUCCAGCGCCAGUCUCUGAACGUCCUCACUCAGCCAGUUGCACAGUGCGACUUGCGCGUGUUCCUAAACGAUCCCCACCUCUGGCAAUCGAAGCGUCCGCAUUUGCCACGGUGGUACUACUCACUCGCCUCGGCGCUUGAGCAUAUUCAUGGACAAGGUUACCGGCACAAGGACAUCAAGCCUGCCAACAUUCUCCUCCACGAGGAAGACGUUUACAUUUCUGACUUUGGGACUUCGCGUCACGGGGAUCCCGAGUCUAGCGGUGCUGGAGUCUUUACGCCUAAGUACUGCGCCCCAGAAGUUGCAUCCCGAAAGCAAUGCGGACGCAAAGCAGACAUAUUCUCUUUAGGAUGCGUUUUCUUGGAAAUGGUCACGGUCGAACACAACAUUCCCCUUCGCAAUCUCGAAGCGCACAUCAGGAAAUCUUCUCGGCGAGGCGCAUUGAGGACGUAUCAAGAAGUUAUUCCCCGUCUUCUUGUGUGGAUCGAUAUUUUGGAAGCUUCGGUGUCAUCGCAAUAUCAUUGCAAGAUUCUCGACAUUGGUAGAAUCAUGUUGAGCUCGGAUCCGGACAAGAGACCUUCUGCUGCCACAGUCUGCCAGACUCUGUCACCCCUGAUUGCAAACAGCAUGUCGAAAAGCCUUGCUCCAGCCUCUGGUCUACCGUCUCCACAGCUUGCAGCCAUGCAUGGCCAGGUAGAGAUCGUACGUUGGGAAGACCAGUUCAGACAGCCUUCAACACCUACUUUCACCAGAUACUUUGAAAAUGCUCAAACACAACUUGGCAAAUGGGUUUCUUUGCCAUUUGGCCUGGCAUACCGAGAGUUUCCGCCUACGCAUCUGCACGGUAUCGCGAGCCCGAUGACAUCCCUUGCAAUUGGCAAAAGCGCCGAAGGCAGACUUGAGAGAUUCAAGAAAAGCUUUCACGUAGUCUAUCACCUCAAACGGCUGAGAUUGGCAUCGAAGAAUGAGAAGGCUCGGACAAGAUCUCUGGAAAGAUUCGAGAGUAUGGACCUCGGCAACGACUCUUCUCUGCAUCCUAAAGGCGACAUCAAGAGCUAUGGGUUUGCUAAUACAAUGGAGCCUGGCAUUCUGCCUGCUCUUACCGGACAUCUCAAAGAUCGGCCAACACAUUGCAUUCCGGACCCUGAAGCGUUGUUCGACUCGAUUAUGAGGCAGGAAAGACCUGAAGAUAGACAAGAUCUGAAAAAGACCUUGGAAAUAGUGUUUUACAUCGCCUCCGUCAUCGUUCAUGACACCUUUGGGCCUUACCAGAGUGGCUCUGGGCAUUCAAACUGGUCUUCAUCUUUGGGACCUGAGAAAUCAUCCAAUGUCAGCCACAAAUCCGUUCGUGGUGCUUACAGUGACCACGACAGCAUACUGGCCGAAGAUAAACAAGAUGGCAUCGACGGCAGCAUUCCCGAUCCAACUUGUUACGAAUGCACAUCUGACAAGACGGGAGACCUGAUAAAGGACAUCAUACACAUUGAUCUCGAAUUUGCGAAUGUCAAUAUGGCUUUGAAAGACGAGAAUGGUCGCGGACCUAGCGAGUCCAUGUGUCGUGAUUAUUGGCACAACGUCUUCGCGGAUAAGUCACAUAUUUCUCACGGCAAGGAGUCCGUAGAGGAUGAGAACCCUUGGCACUUUCACGACAAGGAUUACGAUGAAACGGAGAUCUAUGGAAUGUCAGAACGGUUACAAGGCUGGCAGAAACCCUCCUGCGGAUACGAUAUCUGGUCACUCGGGUGUGUGAUGACUGAGGCGGCUAGCUGGAUUGUCGGAAAUGCCGACCACUCUCACGAUAGGUUGGAGUAUGGACCAAGACCUGUGCUUGUGAAAAAGCCAAGAUCGCGCGAGCCACCCGUCGACACGGAUCUCAACCACAAGAAAGCUUCUCGUGACAACAAGAUCAAGACGGGAUUCUCGAGUUUUGCAUGA